GUCAGGGGCGACUGCCAAAUCAAAUCUCUCAAACACGAAACCCAUUGCUUCAAGAAAAACCACACUCUCACUCUUCCACUGCUACUACCGAUUCAAAGCUCAAAUAUUCUUCUAAUCAACUAAUUACUCUCAGAUUUCCCAUCAAACCAAUCAUCCCUUCAUAUUCAAACGCAUUUCGAUAUCACUUUUCGAUCUUGUUGGAGGUAGGUUUGGAUUUCAAUUUUUCAACCUCUGUAGCAAUCUAUGUGUAGCCAGAUGUGAUGCGAACCCUAGAUCAAUGCGGAGACUUGGAUCAGCUACAAUAGCGAUAAAUUUCUAAACUGUAGCUAUGGCGAAGCAGUCAACGGGAUUCUCAACACUGUGUUUCCAGAAGAAGCGAUGGCUGUUACUACUGCUAGCCAUGCUGUCUAUCUCCACCGCCGUUGCGUUUAUUAUUAGGGCGGCUUAUGAUUCUUCAUGUGAUCGCCAACAUUUCGAUGCCCCCGUUAAAGAUAAUCGGUUCCAAUCGACGGAGAAGACGAAGGAGAGGGCACCGCCUCAGAUCGGAGUUGCAAGCCCCCUCAGUUUCAUGAAGUCCAAACUUGUUCUUCUCGUCUCUCAUGAACUAUCUCUUUCUGGUGGUCCAUUGCUUCUGAUGGAGCUAGCAUUUUUAUUACGUGGUGUUGGUGCUGAAGUUUGUUGGAUUACAAACCAAAAACCAUCUGGAACAGAUGAAGUAAUAUACAAUUUGGAGAACAAGAUGCUGGAUCGUGGUGUACAGGUCUUCUCUUCUAAGGGUCAAGAAGCCAUAGAUACAGCCUUAAAAGCUGAUUUGGUAGUUUUAAACACAGCUGUUGCUGGAAAAUGGCUGGAUGCUGUUCUAAACAAAGAUGUUCCUCGAGUCCUCCCAAAGGUGUUAUGGUGGAUUCAUGAAAUGCGAGGCCAUUACUUCAAAUUGGAUUACGUUAAGCACUUGCCUUUUGUUGCUGGCUCUAUGAUUGAUUCUCAUGUAACUGCUGAAUAUUGGGAGAACAGGACUCAAGAACGCUUAAAAAUUAAGAUGCCAAAGACGUAUGUAGUUCACCUUGGUAACAGCAAAGAACUUAUGGAUGUUGCUGAAGAUAGUGUAGCCAAAAGGGUUCUUAGAGAGCAUGUUAGAGAGUCUCUUGGAGUCAGGAAUGAUGACAUAUUGUUUGCAGCCAUCAAUAGUGUUUCAAGGGGAAAAGGGCAAGAUUUAUUUUUACGUUCAUUUUACGAGAGCUUACAAUUGAUUAAAGAAAAGAAGCUACAAGUUCCAUCAAUACAUGCAGUGAUUGUAGGGAGUGAUAUGAGUGUACAAACGAAAUUUGAAACAGAAAUUAGGGAUUUUGUAGCACAGAAGAAGAUUCAACAUCGAGUUCAUUUCGUGAAUAAAACCCUAACUGUAGCCCCGUAUUUAGCAGCAAUUGAUGUUCUUGUCCAAAACUCUCAGGGCCGAGGAGAGUGCUUUGGAAGGAUAACAAUUGAAGCUAUGGCAUUCCAGCUUCCUGUAUUGGGGACAGCAGCAGGAGGCACUGCAGAAAUAGUGGUGAACGGGUCAACAGGGUUUCUACACCCUGCAGGAAAAGAAGGGGUGAGUCCACUUGCAACAAAUAUAGUAAAACUUGCUACACAUGUUGAGAAGAGGCUUACAAUGGGGAAGAGGGGUUAUGAGAGGGUCAAACAAAUGUUUUUAGAACGACACAUGGCCGAUAGAAUUGCGGGUGUUUUAAAACAAGUGUUACAAAAGGGGAAUAGAUGAUUUAAAUUUGAAAUUGGAUUUUUGUAAAAUCGGGUAUAGUGAAUUGUUGUGUUGUUCAUGAGUUUUAUAAUGUUAGUUUGUAAUAUGGUUUGAUUAUAUUCGUUAUGAAAGUUUGAGUUUUUCUGUGCAC